UCAUUACAAGCACAAAACACUCCCUGCCGUGGGUCGUGACGUAUACUCGGAUGCGGACAGCGACGCAGGGCUGGGUUUCCAUUUUCGCUUCGAGUUUCGGGCGGAACAACAAUAUGGAGCCGGAGAUGGAAGACAAAACGUUGGAGCUAAUGAAUAUGACGGUUAUGGAGCCUCAGAAUAAUCACUCAGAUGAGCUUUCGCCAAAGAAGACCACAGUGUUCAAGCUCGGUAACGGAGUGGUCUCGGCCUCACGGAAGCGGCCGUCGCAGUGCAACUUUGACAAGGAGAAGGACGUGUGCAUCCAGCUGUUUGACCAGUGGUCGGAGGGUGACCAGGUAGAGUUUGUGGAGCACCUCAUCUCACGGAUGUGCCACUACCAGCACGGACACAUCAACUCCUACCUCAAGCCCAUGCUCCAGAGGGACUUCAUCACAGCGCUGCCAGCCCGAGGUCUGGACCACAUAGCGGAGAACAUCCUGUCGUUCCUGGAUGCGCGCUCGCUGUGCUCGGCCGAGCUGGUGUGUAAGGAGUGGCAACGGGUCAUCUCCGAGGGCAUGCUGUGGAAGAAGCUCAUCGAGCGCAUGGUCCGCACCGACCCGCUAUGGAAGGGCCUCUCCGAAAGACACCAGUGGGAGAAGUACCUUUUUAAGAACCGCACAGUAGAAGUCCCGCCCAACUCCUACUACCACUCACUUUAUCCUAAAAUCAUCCAGGACAUAGAGACCAUUGAGGCAAACUGGCGGUGUGGAAGGCACAACCUGCAGAGGAUCCAGUGCCGCUCAGAGAACAGUAAGGGGGUCUACUGCCUUCAGUAUGACGACGAGAAGAUCAUCAGCGGCCUACGAGACAACUCCAUAAAGAUCUGGGAUAAGCAGUCCCUGGAGUGUCUGAAGAUUCUGACGGGUCACACGGGCUCGGUCCUGUGUCUGCAGUAUGAUGAGCGGGUCAUUGUCACAGGCUCCUCCGACUCCACCGUCAGGGUGUGGGACGUGACCUCAGGCGAGGUGCUAAACACGCUCAUCCACCACAACGAGGCGGUGCUGCACCUGCGCUUCUGCAACGGUCUGAUGGUGACGUGCUCGAAGGACCGCUCCAUCGCCGUGUGGGACAUGGCCUCGCCCACCGACAUCAGCCUGCGCCGCGUGCUGGUGGGCCACCGCGCCGCCGUCAACGUGGUCGACUUCGACGACAAGUACAUCGUCUCCGCCUCGGGCGACCGCACCAUCAAGGUGUGGAGCACCAGCACGUGUGAGUUUGUGCGCACACUGAACGGCCACAAACGAGGCAUCGCCUGUCUGCAGUACCGUGAUCGGCUUGUGGUCAGUGGCUCCUCGGACAACACCAUCAGGCUGUGGGAUAUAGAGUGCGGGGCGUGUUUGCGUGUGCUGGAGGGCCAUGAGGAGCUGGUUCGCUGCAUUCGCUUCGACAACAAGCGCAUCGUCAGCGGAGCAUACGACGGUAAAAUUAAAGUUUGGGACUUACAAGCUGCGCUGGACCCCCGGGCGCCUGCCAGUACUCUCUGCCUGCGUACACUAGUGGAGCACUCGGGCCGCGUGUUCCGGCUCCAGUUCGACGAGUUUCAGAUCAUCAGCAGCUCCCAUGACGACACCAUCCUCAUCUGGGACUUCCUCAACGUGUCGGCCAACGGGCAGUCGGAGGGCCGGUCGCCCUCCCGCACCUACACGUACAUCUCCAGAUAGCAGGUGCCUCUCCUCUGUGGCAGUGUGUCCUGGGAAAGCUGAGAGCUGAUUGGCUGUGGCUGGCCCAGACAGGAGCCCAGGGACCCUCCUCUUCCUCCUGAUCAUCCUCCUCCUCACUGCUGUGCAUUCAUCCUCGUGGUGGCUCCUCAAUCCGAAACGGCACUUUACGAACGCUGACCUGUACUUUCAACCUUUAACUCCCCCCCCCGAUCACUAUUGGAGCACAGCCCUCGAUGUAAAUCGUGUUUAAGCCAGCUCUAUUUAAACAAAAGUCCUGAAAAGCACAUACUUGCACCCCCCCAACCACUAGCCUUCCCCAGUUCUCGGGAAGGGGUUCUUAUUCUAAGUCCAGCCUGUUGGGUCCUAAACGUAGAGGUGCCACUGUAGAUAAGAUAAUAAGCUUAGCAUUAACUUAAACAGCAUCCAAGUUCCAAGUUCUCCCACUACUUAUCACUUAACAGGGCACGAGCCAUAUUGUAGAGGCGUUUGUCCUUUGCAUUCUCUCACACUCUAUUCCACUGCGCUCCCCAUCCCUUUUUUUUUUUUUUCUUCCUCGUUUUGUCUUUUUUUUUUUUCUUUUUUUUUUUUUUCAUGGACAGGACUGUUGCACGCUCACAGAUGGACACGCGACACAACCGCACGUCAGAGAAAGAGACUCUGUGCAAGCCUCAGGAAAUGAGGACCCGAUUGGUUGGUUGGUUGGUUGGUUGGGUUGAGUGAGUGAUUUGAUGGACGGAUUCACAAAUAGGAUGACUGUUUGUGAGGAGCGGGUGAGGAAGUAGGGAAAUGGAGGAAACUGAGUCUUUCUCCGUUGGCGCCUCGCCCCCCUCCCCCCCCCCCCCCCCCCCUCGCUCCCCUUCUCUCUGUGCGUUUGGGGCCGGGGAAAGCCGACACUCCCUGCGGCAGCCUUCUCUCCAGGGCGAGGGACAUACGGACUGCUAGCGGGACUUGUCCAUGGACAAGCCUGCAGCAAUGAACUGCAGUGGCCGACUUCAGGUGGGGGGUGUGUGCCCCUCACCAUGUCUCGUGACUUUGUUUGUUUGUCUGUGUGUAAGUUUUGUGUUUGGUUUUUUUUUUUUUUUUUUUUGUUUAAUUUUAUUUUUCAUCAAGGAGAUUGCUGUGCAUGUGAGGCCAAAGGGAGAACCAGUUUCCUGCCAAGCCUCUUUGAUUUCUUCUCUUCUUUUGUAACUGCCUAUUACUUUUCAUAUUGUUUUCCCUCAUAUUCCACCCUUUUUAAAUUGGACAAGUCAUUUCUUUCUUGGUGAGAUUGUGCUAGACAUUGUAAUUCUCUUCAUUCAGUGUCAAUUGUUUCUCUCUCUCUCUCUCUCUCUCUCUCUCUCUCUCUCUCUCUCUCUCUCUCUCUCUCUCUCUCUCUCUCUCUCUCUCUCUCUCUCUCUCUCUCUCUCUCUCUCUCUCUCUCUCUCUCUCUCUCUGGUUUGCCUGUACUUGCCUGCUUUUUUUCUUUUGUUCUAACAGUCCUGUGUCUUGAAACUGAGUUAGCUGUAAACAGAACUGUCUUGUCAAAAACUGUGUUGUAUAUUAAAAUGAUUUUUUUAAAAGAUGGAAAAAAAUUAUUGUGAAUAAAACACUUUACUGUGGAAGAGUGUUGUCAUAUAAUCUGUGUGUGUGUGUGCGCUAUGCCUGAGAUGACUUAUGUGUGUCUCUCUGUGACAUUAGUCUGUACGCGAUCUUGUGUGUUUUUUUUUUUUUUUUUCUCCAUUGGGGUUGUCGAAUAUUGACCGGAAGAAAUAUGCGAAUGUAAACUUAUUUGUUAAGCUGAGUGAAAUCAUCGAUUUGUGUAUUUGUAUGCGAUGGGGCUCAGUGUGGUGUUAAAUGAAUGAACCAGCACAACUGCUCAAACAUGACCAGCCGCCGCCACCUCCACAGCCUUUUCACAACAGCUGGUCCGUCUUAAUUACCCUGUUCCAAAACGCUUCAACAGAUAGCACACCUAGCCUACCUUUUACAGCUAAAAGUCCUGUCAAAAGAACAUGAACAGUAUACAAUCUAAGUGUCUGUAUGGCCAAACCUUGCUCUCUGCCGUGCUUGUCUUUUGUCCACCAGAUGGUGCUAGAACCUCAGUUUUUAAAUAUAUUAGGCAUGUCUAGAGCAUUUGAGUCAAACCAAGGCCUUGCAUGCCUGAGCAGAGCUGGACUGUUUACUCUCAAGGGCAUCUAGCAUUUUGAAGAUAUUAGCGUCCAAAGCCAUAUGUUUUUUCGAGAUGUCUGUAUCGAUUCCCAUAAUGACUGAAAUAAAGACCUGAACGUGGGAGAUA